AAGAGCCAACAUCUUAGAAACUUUAGAAGAGAAUAAUAAAAAUAAUAAAUUAAAAUUAGAACCCGUAAAAGCAAAAAGUUUAGUAAUAAAUAAUAAUAGUAGCACUAAUAACAAUAAAAUUUAUAAACGUAAAUCAUGUCCAUUGUGUGACGAUGACUCACAUCAGCUGUUCAAUUGCGAAUCGUUUAGAAGUCUUCCUGUAGAAUCUCGGAUUUCAAAAGUAAAAGAGUUUAAGGUGUGCUUAAACUGUUUGCGCUUCGGUCACGUACCCAAGAAAUGUUUUUUAUCUCACUGCAAGUAUUGCAAUGAAAAGCACAACACUCUUUUACACUUAGAAAAAUCUGAGCAAUCUGCUUCUCGUGAUUCGUUAUCUACAUCUUCAAAAGACAUUGUAUUGACAUCUGAUGUCCUACCGGUUACUACUCCGAUGCGUGUUUUCCUUUCCACAGCGUUGGUGAAGGUGGUUGACGGCAAGGGCAACAAACACACCGCCAGGGUGAUCUUGGACAACGGUAGUGGAAUAAAUAUCGUUUCCGAAGCUUUCUGCAGUAAGCUGGGUUUGCCGAGGCGGAACGUGAGCUCCACGGUAUCAGGUUUUAAUAAUCAUGUUUCCCAUAGUACACAGUCUUGCAACCUCACAAUUGAGUCAAUGAAUACUAGCUAUAGGACUAACAUUGAUUGUUAUGUGUUUACCAACGUCACCACAGCAGUACCAAUCACAUACAUUGACACACGACAUAUUCAAAUACCUGCUGGCUUAUGUUUAUCUGACCCCACUUAUAAUAUACCUUCUAAGGUCGAUAUUCUUAUCGGGGCGGAUAUCUUCUGGGAUAUUCUAGGUAACAAAAGGAUUAGCCUAGGCAAGCAUCAACCUAUUUUACGUAGUUCGGAGCUAGGAUGGAUAGUCACUGGUCACAUCUCGAGUCCGAAAGAUACGUUCAGUCAAUGUCUUCUUACUCAAGGUCAACUUGAUAUUGAUCUCACUCGUUUUUGGGAAGUAGAUAGUGUUUCUCUUGAGCAUUCUCAAUCCGCGGAGGAACGUGCGUGUGAGAAGAGUUUUACCGUUAACACUACUCGAAAUAACGAUGGUCGCUUUGUGGUCACCAUUCCUCUCAAGCAAGAUCCGCAGGUCUUAGGCGAUUCCUUUGAGAUGGCGAAGCGACGGUUUUUAUCGCUGGAACGAAAAUUUGAACGAGAACCAAUAUUCAAGGAGAAAUAUUUGAGCUUCAUGAAGGAAUACGAGCAAUUAGGCCACAUGACUGAAAAUAAAGUUCUUUUUCCAUACAGUGACAAUGUCAACUACUACCUUCCUCAUCAUGGCGUACUUCGGGAGUCAAGCACGACGACAAAGUUGCGUACCGUCUUCGACGCUUCUGCCGUCACCACUUCAGGAAUUUCCUUCAAUGAAAUUCAGAUGGUCGGUCCUACAGUCCAAGACGAUCUUUUAUCGAUUCUCCUCAGAUUCCGCCAACAUAAAAUUGUAGUAUCGGCAGACGUUGAAAAAAUGUUUAGAUCUAUCAAUGUUGUUCCUAGUCAACGCUCCUUACAGCAAAUUGUAUUUAGGUUUGAUCCAUCGCAUCGUUUAAAGACUUAUACACUAAAUACAGUUUGUCAAGGAACCGCUUCAGCGCCAUACCUUGCGACAAAGUGUCUGAGUAGCCUGGCAUCCACAGUCAGCGAUAAUAGCGUCAAAUAUAGUAUAGCUCACGAUUUUUAUUGUGACGAUUUGUUAAGUGGGGCCAGUACUGUGAGCGAGGCGAUAGAUUUAUGUAAAGGAACCACUUUGUUGGCGAUACUCAGGUGGUGGAAAUAAAAUAGCGGACUGUAUUCUAUGGUAGGUUCGUAUAUUGGAUUGUAAGAACGCGCGCCUAUGGUCCGUGUCAUAUGUGAGACUGGUGGUGGUGCGUUGCUGCGUGGGCGACGGCUACUCGCGGCGCCUCGUCCCCCGAUCCCCGCACGGUCGUCGCGGUGGCCCACGAUGCGAUGAUGUGUGCGUUGUUUGUCACCAACAUAGCUUUUGAAAUCUAUAGCGUUAGA